AUGGGUUUGAUCGGUGAGACUGUGGAUUCUAUCAAAUCUCUUCAGAUCCGUCAGGUCCUCACUCAGGGUGUUAGUCUUGGCAUGAUUGUUACGUCUGCACUGAUAAUAUGGAAGGCAUUGAUGUGCAUCACCGGCAGUGAAUCUCCUGUUGUUGUUGUUCUUUCUGGAAGUAUGGAACCGGGAUUCAAGCGGGGGGACAUCUUGUUCUUACACAUGAGUAAGGAUCCAAUUCGCGCAGGGGAGAUUGUUGUAUUUAAUGUAGAUGGACGAGAGAUUCCGAUCGUUCAUCGUGUAAUUAAGGUACACGAAAGGGGGGAUAAUGGAGAGGUUGAUGUCCUCACAAAAGGAGAUAACAAUUACGGCGAUGACAGGCUUCUGUAUGCUCAUGGUCAGCUGUGGCUGCAAAGGCACCACAUUAUGGGUAGAGCCGUCGGGUUCUUACCUUAUGUUGGCUGGGUGACAAUUAUCAUGACCGAAAAACCUAUCAUCAAGUAUAUUCUCAUUGGUGCUUUGGGGUUGCUCGUGAUAACUUCGAAAGAGUAA